AUGAGCUCGACCCAAGCAGUCCGUACAGCCUGGCACCACGCCGCAAAUGCCUGGCCAAAGGACCCCUUCCGGCCGAAGCACCUCUUCGCAGACGCCAUCCGCGCCGCCGCCGACCGCCAACUCGCUCCCUCGGCCACCUUGAGCCCCGAGCAGCUCCGAAAGGCCACCAAUGCCGCAGUUGCCCUCACCCGCAUCGUAGAGAACCGCGCACUCAAGGCCUACCCGAUGACCGACCGCACCUCCAAGCCCGCCAGCUUCCCCAAGCACUACGCCCGCAUCCUCGACUCGGUCGAGCGCGCAGAGCGUGGCGAAACGUUCCAGCCCGGACGCCUCGCCCGCUGGUUCAACUUCCGCUGGAAGUAG